AUGAAGUUCGCGCGUCGGACGGCGAGCGGGCGUUACCUGAGCCUGUCCCGUGAGGACAUCGACAUGGAGGGCGAGCUGGCGGCGGAAUAUGGCAACUACACAGUGCACAUCCCGCCGACGCCCGACAACCAGCCCGGCAUGGCCGACAACGAUCCGUCCUCCGUGGCCAUGAAGGCCGAGGAGCAGUACGUGUCCAGCUCGCUCUUCACGGGCGGCUUCAACAGCGUCACCCGCGCCCACCUCAUGGACAAGGUCAUCGACUCCGAGGUCACCCACCCGCAGAUGGCAGGCUCCAGGGCGUCCGGCUGCGCCAUGCCGGCCUGCGACGGCAAGGCCAUGCGUGACGAGCGCGGCGACGAGAUCGACCCCUGCGAGUGCCGCUUCAAGAUCUGCCGCGACUGCUACAUCGACGCGCAGAAGGACGGCUGCGUCUGCCCGGGUUGCAAGGAGCACUACAAGAUCGGCGACUACGCCGACGACGACCCUAGCGACGGGAUGAACAAGCUCCACCUCCCGGCGCCCGGGAGCCACAACAGCAAUAAUAACAAGUCACUUCUUGCCCGGAACCAGAACGGGGAGUUUGACCACAACCGAUGGCUCUUCGAGAGCUCUGGCACCUACGGCUAUGGCAACGCUUACAUGCCCAAGGGGGGGAUGUAUGAUGACGACCUUGACGAAGACGGCAUCGGCGGCGGCGGUGGUGAUGGCGGGCUCCCUGACCUGAACCAGAAGCCGUUCAAGCCGUUGACACGUAAGAUGCCCAUGCCGAUGUCGAUCAUCAGCCCUUACCGGAUCUUCAUCGUCAUCCGGAUGUUCGUGCUCCUCUUCUACCUCACGUGGCGUAUCCGCAACCCAAACAUGGAGGCGCUCUGGCUGUGGGGCAUGUCAAUCGUCUGCGAGCUCUGGUUCGCCUUCUCCUGGCUGCUCGACAUUCUCCCCAAGGUGAACCCCAUCAACCGGAGCACCGACCUUGCCGUGCUCAAGGAGAAGUUCGAGACGCCGUCCCCUUCCAACCCGCAUGGCAGGUCCGACCUGCCCGGCCUCGACGUGUUCGUGUCCACGGCCGACCCGGAGAAGGAGCCCGUGCUCACCACGGCCAACACCAUCCUCUCCAUCUUGGCCGUGGACUACCCGGUGGAGAAGCUCGCGUGCUACGUUUCUGACGAUGGCGGCGCGCUGCUCACCUUCGAGGCCAUGGCGGAGGCGGCGAGCUUCGCAAACAUCUGGGUGCCCUUCUGCAAGAAGCAUGACAUUGAGCCCCGCAACCCGGACAGCUACUUCAGCAUCAAGGGAGACCCGACCAAGGGGAAACGACGGUCGGACUUCGUCAAGGACCGGCGCAAGGUGAAGCGGGAGUACGAUGAGUUCAAGGUGCGCAUGAAUGGCCUCCCAGACUCCAUCCGCCGGCGCUCGGACGCAUUCAACGCCCGCGAGGACAUGAAGAUGCUCAAGCACCUCCGCGAGACAGGUGCCGACCCGUCCGAGCAGCCCAAGGUGAAGAAGGCGACCUGGAUGGCUGACGGCACACACUGGCCGGGCACCUGGGCCGCGUCCGCCCCCGACCACGCCAAAGGAAACCACGCCGGCAUCCUGCAGGUGAUGCUGAGGCCGCCUUCGCCGGACCCAUUGUACGGGCUGCACGACGAGGAGCAGUUGAUUGACUACAGCGACGUGGACAUCCGGCUGCCGAUGCUGGUGUACAUGUCGAGAGAGAAGCGGCCGGGGUACGACCACAACAAGAAAGCUGGGGCCAUGAACGCACUGGUGCGAUGCUCGGCGGUCAUGUCCAACGGGCCCUUCAUCCUCAACUUCGACUGUGACCACUACAUCAACAACGCGCAGGCGGUUCGGGAGGCCAUGUGCUUCAUGAUGGACCGUGGUGGCGAACGGAUCUGCUACAUCCAGUUCCCGCAGCGGUUCGAGGGCAUCGACCCCUCGGACCGCUACGCCAACCACAACACCGUCUUCUUCGACGGCAACAUGCGCGCCUUGGAUGGGCUCCAGGGGCCCAUGUAUGUCGGCACGGGCUGCAUGUUCCGGCGGUUUGCGCUCUACGGCUUCGACCCGCCGCGCACCUCCGAAUACACGGGGUGGCUGUUCAAGAAGAAGAAGGUGACCAUGUUCAGGGCGGACCCGGAGUCAGACACGCAGUCGCUCAAGACGGAGGACUUCGACACCGAGCUUACAGCGCAGCUGGUGCCCCGGCGCUUUGGGAACUCAUCUGCGAUGCUGGCGUCGAUCCCCGUGGCAGAGUUCCAGGCGCGGCCCAUCGCCGACCACCCGGCCGUGCUGCACGGGCGGCCGCCGGGAUCGCUCACCGUGCCGCGGCCGCCGUUGGACCCGCCCACGGUGGCCGAGGCCGUGUCAGUCAUCUCGUGCUGGUACGAGGACAAGACCGAGUGGGGCGACCGAGUGGGCUGGAUCUAUGGCUCCGUCACGGAGGAUGUGGUGACGGGCUACCGGAUGCACAACCGCGGCUGGCGCUCAGUUUACUGGAUCAGCAAGCGCGACGCAUUUCUCGGCACGGCCCCCAUCAACAUGACCGACCGCCUCCACCAGGUGCUGCGUUGGGCGACGGGGUCGGUGGAGAUCUUCUUCUCGAGGAACAACGCGUUCCUGGCUUCGCGGAAGCUCAUGUUCCUGCAGCGGGUGGCGUACCUCAACGUGGGCAUCUACCCAUUCACAUCCAUCUUCCUGCUCACCUACUGCUUCAUCCCGGCGCUCUCCCUCUUCUCCGGCUUCUUCAUCGUGCAGACGCUCAACGUGGCUUUCCUCUUCUACCUCCUCACCAUCACCAUCACACUCAUCGCGCUCGGCGUCCUCGAGGUCAAGUGGUCCGGCAUCGAGCUCGAGGACUGGUGGCGCAACGAGCAGUUCUGGCUCAUCUCAGGCACAAGCGCGCACCUGUACGCGGUCGUGCAGGGCCUGCUCAAGGUGAUGGCCGGGAUCGAGAUCUCCUUCACGCUCACGGCCAAGGCGGCCGCGGAGGACAACGAGGACAUCUAUGCCGACCUCUACGUCGUCAAGUGGUCCUCACUGCUCAUCCCGCCCAUCACCAUCGGCAUGGUCAACAUCAUCGCCAUCGCCUUCGCCUUCGCGCGCACCGUCUACAGCGACAACCCGCGGUGGGGCAAGUUCAUCGGCGGCGGCUUCUUCAGCUUCUGGGUGCUGGUGCACCUCUACCCGUUCGCCAAGGGGCUCAUGGGACGCCGCGGCAAGACACCCACCAUCGUCUUCGUCUGGUCAGGCCUCAUCUCCAUCACCGUCUCCCUCCUCUGGGUCGCCAUCAGCCCGCCGGACGCCAACUCCAGCGGUGGUGUUCGUAGCGGCGGCGGCUUCCAGUUCCCUUGAUGAUCCACAUAUUAGAAGAGUCUUCACAUGUUACCUCCUUACUGGUGUUGUUGGUGUAUGUGCCGUCCGAAGUCGGUACGUGCUGCAUGCAUAUACAGGCAUGCUACCAUUAAGCUUAACUGGGAUCCAGAUGGUGCGGUGCAAUAGAUGAGUUAGGAAAGUUGAUGGUGUCGACUUCUGAACAGAUGUUCUCUCGUAGACUGAAGCUCUGAAUGCUUCAAAGGAUUUGGUCAGUGUUUCUGUACAGAAAUGGGCUUUUGUACAGCUCAAACUGAACUGAAGAACAGAGGAUAUAAGUUAUAUCCUCCUGGUGCCCCUGGAUAUAAUCAUAUAACAUUCAGUGUAUAUUUAAUUCUGCUUGACCUUGAACUCA